AGCAAAACGGCUUGGGACUUAGUUUUGGUACUCUGCUUUACAGCGUCCUUGAUUCAAAUGGAGUAACGCCUUUGUUCUUUACCUUUAUGAUUUAAAGAGACAUACCAAACUUCCGUUAUAUAGCGUUUGCAGGGGAAGAAGCAAACGGCUUGGGACUUAGUUUUGGUACCCUGCUUUACAGCGUCCCUGAUUCAAAUGGAGUAACGCCUUUGUUCUUUACCUCUAUGAUUUAAAGAGACAUACCAAACUUCCGCUAUAUAGCGUUUGCAUUUGAAAUUGAAUAAUGCCUCUGUCCUCCAUUGAUAGGAUUUAAAGAGACAUACCAAACCUUAUACCAAACCUUUGAAUAAGAGAAAACUGGGGAGGACUGAACCCAGCUUUCAACUUAAAUAGAACACGUUUUUGCAGGAGUCUAUUGUUUUGUUUGAACGUACCAUUUUGCCUUUGUGGUUCGAGGUCCACACUACAUUUUCACUCCCAAGAUAUUAAAGGCUAAAGUACAGGUUACCAUUCAGUGGUAGUUCUACUCUAACACCACUUCCUCCACUCUAUGGACUAAGUAGCUAAAUCGUGGGUAAAGACUGUCUGUUAUCUGGUUAACUAAUCUUCCUGGAGUUAAAGGAGAAGUAACCCCAAGCAGACAAGAUGCCAAAUGGAUCGAAAAAGGGUCUGGCAACACCAGCGGAAAGGAGGCCAUCAAGACAAGAAGAAGGCAAAGAUACAAGAGAAAUUAGAGACUAUGAUACCUUGAUGGCAGAAAUAAGAAAAGAAUUUAAAAAUAAUGAACAAUAUAUUGAAAAAAAGUUAAUAGAAGUACAAAACAUCAUAGAUAAGAAACUGGAGGGGGUGGUGGGAGAAUUGACAGGAAAGGUUAAGGACCUAUCGGUAAGAGCAAAAGCCCUUGAGGACUCAAUGAAAAGGGUGCAAAAAGAUACGAAAGACAGUAAGAAGGAAGUGGACAGGAUGAGAGUAGAAAUUAAGGAAUUAGGAAAGAUACAGGAAGAAUUGUUGGACAACAUGGCUAUGACACAGAUGAGACAAAAUCAAGCCAAUUUGAAAUUUAGAGGUAUACCGGAAAAGCUAAAUGAGAAUAUCAGGGCUAAAGUGGUGAAAGAAUUGGCAAUUUGGUUAGGCAGGAAGGAAGAAGAGAUAAAUCAUCACUUGAUAAACACUUUCCGAAUAAGAGCAAAAUCGGCUAAAGCCAAAGAAAAAAAAUUGCCAGGAGAUGUAAUAGCCAUGUUUAACUCUUUCGAGAUAAGAAAUGAAAUACUGAAACAGAACUUCACCAAAAGGCUAUAUAUUGAGGGAAACCUAAUUAUUAUCUUUAAAGAGAUUCCUUCGAGAUUUCUUCGAAGGAGAGAGCCUUAUAAAAAAUUAACAAACCAAUUGAAAAAAAACGGGAUAUUGUAUAGAUGGGAGUUCCCGGAAGGCAUUUCAUUUUAUUUUAAGGAAAAAAGGUUCAAACUGUCCACUACUCUAGAACUGCAAAAAUUUGCAAGGAGAUAUGAGAAGGACUUGGGAAAAAUGAUGGGGGGGGGAGAGGUAGAGGAGCAGUUGGGGGAGAAUAGACAAUAUCUGGAUAUCGAAGGAAUUGAUACAGAACUUAGUUAA